GGAGAGUCCUGUCAGACAGACCUCGGACUGAUGAAGGCCCAGGAGCUAAUGAUCUGAUUCCAGACCAGCUUCAGUCACAUCUGAGCUUGAAAAAUGACCCAGAGUCUGUCCCAGCUCCUAGCAUUCAAGACACAGACAUGUCAGUCACUGUUAAACAGGAAAGGUUUGAUCCAGCUCUGGAUCAUGUUGAAGUCGCACCUGCAACUCAGAGUCCUGCAGCUGAAGAGGAGAAACCACAUGGUUGUGGACAUCCUCCAGUCACUGACUCAGAAUCUGCAGGCACAUUUGCCCAAACCCCUCGUACUUGCCAAGAGACUCCUCAGAACGGACAACAGCAGGAGAGCAGUGAUCCAGAGAUACCAAACACAGAGAAAACAUCACCUAUAAAAUCCCUGAGCCCAGACCAGUUCUCCUCUGCAGCUCAGGUGAAUGCAGAGCAACAGAACCAGUCGAGACCCAGCUCCACAGAGGAACAUAUAUCGAAGGACCAGGGAUGCAGUCCAGGACCUGGGAAGGACGGUGUAUCACAGGCACUCUCAAGCAUUUCAGUGGGGGAAUGGACUCAGGGCUGCAGUAAUUUGUCUGCAUACUUGAGGGUAAAGGAAGCUGAAUCAAUCAUAGGUCUGGGCUCUGUGUGGGAGUGUCGAGGGAUAUCUCUGAGUUCGUUCUACUUGUGUGAGAGCUGCAAGGAGAUGCUCUCCCUCAAUGGCAUCUUUCAACAUAUGGUCAGCUUUAAUCAUCAGUACAAAUACCUGAAAGAGAACUAUGCUAAGUUUAUGUGGAUCUGGCAGAAGAAUCUGCCUCUACAAACAAAACAGAAACAGGAACUUUUUAUGGUCAUUGUCGAGGAAAUCUCAGUGCGAGAGCGUUACCACAACAUGGAUGCGCAGGUUGUACUGCUGGGACACAAGUUUUAUGAGCAGGUGCGGACAGCUCCAUUCAGUGAAGCUUUAGAGUUGGUACAAAGCAUCAAGAAAAAAAGGGAUCUGAGAGUAUUGUGUCCACCCUUCAGGACUCCACAACAAAUGGACAAAUGCCCUGAGAAAAGGCAAGAGGAAUCUCAUCCAGUGGCGGCACUCCAGACAGACCAAAGAAGUGAUGAUGGAGCAAGACAAGAACCAGGCAGACAUAAUUUGGAGGAAGAGACUUUGAUGGCUGGGGGUUUAGAUGGGACCAAAGAUGGAAGAGUCUCGAGUCCUCUCGAUGCGGCAGGUGUCUCCUCAAAUGAUUCUGCUGUUUCUCCAUUCCCUGGUAUUGACGUAAAUCACCAUGCCAAAGAGACCUGCAGGAGCCCUUCUGUGCCACUAGAGCUCAAACCAUCAGUCUUUCAGCAACAGAUGCCUAUCCCAGAGUCGCAAGUGAAACAGGAAGAGGUGCUCUCAGAAUCCAAAUAUUCCUGUACUGGUAAUCCUGAAAUUACUCAAACCCUGUCAGUGUCUCCCAUAAAUAUAUGCCCUCCAUCCAGGAAAAGGCCAGCUGAUAUAUCUGUUGAAGCACUUGCCAGAAUUUGUACCAGUAACCCCCAACUCGAGGAUCUUUUGCCAGCCAAAUGUGUGCACAGCUCAUUGCAGCAACAGCAGUGUUGGCCCAGCCCUAAACCAGCCUCUGAAUCCACUGAUAUUAACCCUGCUGCACAAUCUACCCACCUGUCUCCAAAGGACAAAGACAUGAGUACUGGAUCUCAUGGACAGAACGCACUUACUGUAAGCUAUGAUGAUCUAAUAGCUUUGGUGAACGAGAAGAGGUCUCAGAUGAACGUGUCCCCUUGCAAGCCAGCUCCACGUAAUACUGAGACGACUACUUCCUGUGCUAGAAGUUCAUCUGGAAGUGGCGUGGAAGGAAGGUGGGAUUCAAAAUGUCGGCUGGUUACAGCUACAGCGACAAAAAGUCCACCCUCCACUAGUUCGUUGUGUUCAACAACACCUCCUGUGGUCCAACGCACAAAUUCCAACCCUUCCCUCUCUGCCAACGACUCAUCUCUCGAGGGCUGUUCAACAAGAGACAACCUUGUUGUAAGUGAAACCAAAGCAGUCAGCACCAUGUUGCCUUCUGCCAGCACCACUGACCCCAGUGAGCUACAAUACCAGAGAAGUGUCAGUGCUCAGAACGUCUUUGCAAAUUGGAGCCAGCUCAAACCUAAUCUCAUCAACUGUGUGAUCACCAACCAUAACGCAGGUCAGACAUCACAGCCACAAAGUAACACACAGACUGACACCACUGGGGUUUGUCAGCUGCCUAUUAACGCCAUCAUAACUGCCAGGUCAGACCUCGCCAACCAGCGAUUUAAGGGUGGCUAUAAAGGACAAGACCACGCUAAGGUGAACAGAGGCAUCCAAUGUUGCUCACAGUUUCUCCACAGCUCAAACAGCAGACUCUAGUAACACCCUGGCAGCUUCAGGAGGGUAUGGUCAGUACAACCAAAUGGCCUAUGCUACAAAUAGACAUUCAAGUCAUCUUUCUCCUGAAGCUGUUGGAGGUCAUGCCACACCAGGCUACCCAUCUGUUUACACUGGGAGUUUAUACCAACAUCAGGGGUACACUGCAAGCGGGUCCUACCCAAGCCAGAUUUACCAUGGGCAGCAAGCGAUCCAACUCAGUCUGCAGUCAUUUGGACAGUGUGUAGCACCUCAAGCAGCCCCAGGAUCAGUGAGCCUGGAAAUGCUGCUGCAGCAGCCACACAAACAGCAGCAGAAACAGCAACAACCGCAACAACAGCUACAGCAGCAGCAGCAGCAGCAGCAGCAGCUGUACUUCUCAUGGACAGGUGCCACCGUGGCUGCUGGACAUGGCCAAGUGACCAGUGAUGCAGCCUACUUUGGCGCUGUUCCACUCACCAUCCCAGCCAACAGUUCACAAAGGUUAAGUGGCCUGAAUGGAUACAGCACCCAAACAAUCGUUCCAAUGCAGAGCAGCAGCAACAUAAUUACACAGAACAAUCCCCAGGCUUUCUGUGCACCUUCAGUCUUUCACUGUCCUCCUACAGCCAACAGAGAAGUCACUCAGGCAUAUGUAAACUCCUUUUUUGCUCCUGGCACAGGGGCUUCUGCUGUAGCUCCCUCCACAGCCAGUACCUCUUCCCAUGCAACUACUUCUUAAACCGAAAAACCAACUAAAUAUUGCACUGUAUUUGUACCAAGUAGCCAUAAUUACGCUUAGAUAUGGGGCUUACAUAUUAUGCCUUUAUCAGUCACAUGUACAGGAUAUGUGUGUGUGUGUGUGUGUGUGUGUGUGUAAGAGACUGAUCUUACAGACUCACAAGAUUUGUUUUGUUUUUUUGUAGCAAAAAUAUUCCUGAUUGAUAUUUGUCAAACUCCUGAAAUAGACAUUAUUUUCAGUUAAAUAAGAAACUGAUUUUCUGUUGAAGUGCAUUAAGUUCAGGAUACAGUCGGUACAUUUAAACUAUCGCUUAUUUUGCCCUGUUGUAACAUGGUUCAGUUUUUUAAGCUUUUAAUAUACUGUUUUCAGCUGUGAUCAGCUGUGAUUUUGGAAGAAUUUUUAUAUUCAUAUUUUGUUCAUUUUAAUAAAAUUGUUACUGUUUUGUUACUGUC